AUGGACAUGAACAAUCAUCGACAAAGUGCCUGUGAUCGAUGCCGAGGUCAAAAGCUUCGGUGCGUCGGGCUUGGAAACCCUAUCCUCGACCGACACAACAGAUACGUCCGAAACCAGACCCCCUGUGAUCGUUGCAGAAAAGCCCAGGUCGAAUGCUACAGCACCCGGCCGAUCUCCAGGAAGAGAGCUGCCUCCAAUUCCCUCUCCUCGGAUUCAACUACCGGUCACAACCCCUCCAAUUACCCUAGACCAUUCGCCGGGCUCCACUCACCACAAUCACCGCUUACCCAUCUCGACGUUUCAUCGUGGAGCGAAGAUGGCGAUCUUGAUAUACCCCGCAUGGUUUCUUAUACAGGGGUCUCUCCCCUUGAUAGCUUGCAUGCCAAUGCAAUCCCAGACCCUGCAGGCCAUAGUGAUUCCUCACAGAAUCCAUUUGACUUCGCAAUUGAAGACUUUUUGUCGGAGGAGCCUAAUCUAUCAGAGACUUCGGGAGUGAUUUCUGAUGAGACGUCAUAUUCUGCUCCCUCGAAGAAGGUACCCAGCUCAGUCCUGGGUUCUGCUUGGCUGAAGAAGUUGGCCGAACUAAAUGACACAUUGUUGCACAACCGAACGAAUCGUCAUGAAACGGGGCGCAAUAAUCAAGCAAAGCACUAUACGUCCUCCACUCGAAGUGGUUCAUCUGUAUCACUCUCGAUCGGCAAGACUCUGCGACAUUGCCAGCACUUUCUGGCUAUACUACAAAACAUCCAAAGAUGUGCAACCCCGCAUACUAGCAACAACCCAUGUCAAGCCAGUGGAUCGGAAUGUGGACUUGAUUUUCCGUUGUCGGGACUCAGUUCGGAGCCUGCAUACCGUGACAGUCGUUCCUUUGAAUUGUUGGAUCCCCCUUUGCUUUUCUCGAUCCUUGCGUGCUACGCACACAUAACAGAGGAAUAUGAGCACCUGUUCUCCUCGAUCCUGGAAUCAGUGACUCGGCAAAAUCCCGAAAUCCCGGCAACUUUGAUUGGUACCAGCCUAGAUGGUUUCAAACUGGAUGGAAACAAUAUCUUGCAACUGGAAUUUCUUCUCUAUGUUAGUUCAAACCUUCUGGGAAAGAUUGAAAAAAUACUCAUUGGAUCAUCGGAGGGAAUGGAUGGCGUCUCGAGAAACGAAGGCCUCUUGAGCGGGAAAAUGGCGGAAUACCUAGAAUCACUGUAUAACCAUGAUACCAAUUAUGAAACAGGACAGACUACUGGAGAGAGGGAGGCAAGGGCGAGAGUCAGAGUUCUCAUACGAGAGAUCCAAAAAGUACUGAAGACAUUGGAAUCCUGA